AUGGCAAGCGUCGUUCCAUCGGCCACACCGGUUGCUGGAGAUCAAGAGAACAGACCACUCGGGCAACAAACGGAUCAGCAAACUUCAGCUCAGGAUCGAGCUCAAGAUCAAGCCCCCGCAGAAACAUUCUCACAAUCUGCAGCGGAAGAGGCACCCGAGACGUACGAGGCUACCCACGUCCACGCAGUCUAUGAGAAGAUUGCACCGCACUUCUCAGCUACUCGCCACAAGCCGUGGCCCCGCGUAGCCAGAUUCCUUGAAUCCCAGCCCGUUGGGAGUGUCGGUCUGGACGUUGGCUGCGGCAACGGCAAGUAUCUGCGCGUCAACCCGGCUGUCCACAUUUUUGGCUCAGACCGAAGCCAGGCCCUCGUCCAGCUUGCCCAUACUGAGCUUCGUCGGCCACGGGAAGACGGCGCCGAGCUCGAUCCCAGGGUAUCGGACGUUGACGUCGCCGUUGCGGAUGGCUUUUCUCUUCCUUACCGCAAGGGUGCAGCCGACUUUGUCAUCUGCAUCGCUGUUGUGCACCACAUGUCGACACGUGAGCGUCGACAGACCGCUAUUGCGGAGUUGCUGGAACUUGUAACUCCUCAGGCGGGCCAUGUGCUGGUCUAUGUGUGGGCUCUCGAGCAGGCGUCGAGCCGUCGCGGAUGGGACACGGGCAGUGACCAGGACCGCCUGGUAUCGUGGGUGAUGCGCAAACCCAAAGGCCAAGAGCCCGGGGGCACAUUCCAGCGUUACUACCAUCUAUACAAAGAGGGUGAGUUGGAGGAGGACGUCGUGGCGGCUGGAGGCAUGGUUGUAGAGAGCGGUUAUGAGAAGGAUAACUGGUGGGUGGUAUGUAGUCGGCCGUCAUGA